AUGACCGCGGCGAAGUUGGACUCGAACGCGUGGUAUUUGGUCUCCGAGACCCGAGUCACCAACGUAUCCGCUACGUUCAGAAACAACCUGCAGACCACGAACCAGGGUCUUCGAGUCUUUUCCUUGACGGCACAAGCAUGGCAGUUCCAACCAGUGGGCAACGUCGACGGGCGUUACCUGGCGAGGUUGAACACGUCCGGAGUGAGGGAACAACUUUCGGUAUGCUGGCGCUCAGACGAGGUACACCCGAGCAAGACGAUCGGCUGCCUCAGGAAUACGCAGUCGGACGAGUCUCAGCAAUGGGACAUCACUGAAUGGGGCGACGGCUCCUUCAAGUUCACCAACGUCGGGAACGGCAGCAACUACGUUUUGGACGUUCACCCGGGAUCCAAUCUCUUCAUGUCCAGCGAGAUCGAGGGCACCGAAGGCGUUUCCGACAAGCAGGUAGCGCAGCAUUGGGUAUUGUCGAGUGAACGCGCCGUCAACGAUGGCGCAUACUCGACUAUCUACAGCGCGGGGACAACUCCCGUUACCUCAGCUACCUCGACCGGCACCGGAACUGCCGCGACAGGCUCAUCCACACCCACCACCACCACUGGUUCUGGCGCGGCCGCCACGACCCCAACCUCCUCCUCCGAGUCAGACUCCUCAGCAGGCGGCCUCUCCUCCGGCGCCGCCGCCGGCAUCGGUGUGGGCGUCUCCCUCGCCGCCGUCGCUCUCAUCGGCGCCGCGGUCUUCUUCUGGUGGCGUCGCAGGAGGGCCGCAAAGGGCGCGGCAGCAUCUUCAACCGAACAUGGUCCAGACGGUCCUGGCAUGGCCAAGCUCAGCCCCGGCACCAACCACGCCUCCACCGUUGCCUCUUCUCCUUCGCCCAACACGCCUCAUAACGACUACUACGGCAACCAGGCCCAGGAGGCCAAGACGCUGGGUCACCUGCAGCCUCACUCACACGCCGCCGAGGCUGGCAACACUCCCAUCUACGAGGCGCCUACCGAGACUCGCUACGAGUUGGACUCGGGCCUCGGCCACAACCAUGGCGGACAGGCCCCUGCACAACUGGACGACACUACGAGACGAUGA